AUGGGCAAACGGUUUUCGGAAUCGGCUGCCAAGAAAGUCGCUGGUAACCAACGCAAAAGAGAACAGGCGCAUGCCAAGGACAAAGCACACAAGGAGGCCCUGGAGGCUCAAGAAGCUGCCAAGUGGGAGCAGGGUGCCGACAAAGGGAACCCAAAGAAACAGCUAGAAGAACAGAAGAGACAGGAGAAACUGAGGGCGAAAAAGGAGCGCGAAGAGCUUCUGGCAGCGGAAGAAGCAGCUCUCGGUAAGGGUGGAAAGGGUAGGUAA